CUGGACCAUGUCGAUGGGUGGAAGAGGAAAGCUGUGAAACAUAGCCAGGAACCAGCCUGGAGUCAUUUGCCUGUACCUGCUCACUCAAGUGACCGCUGAGAGCCCAGGAGUCUCAAGUUGGGGCAAAACACAGGCACGGUGAGGAUGAGUGCUGGGGAGAGCACUACAGCUUCCUUCCACACAGCCUCAGACAGCAACAGGGUUAGCUCCACCUUCUCUGUUGUGGACUAUGUGGUGUUCGGCCUGUUGCUGCUCCUCUCCCUCGUCAUCGGGCUCUAUCAUGCUUGCCGUGGCUGGGGCCGCCAUACUGUCGGUGAGCUGCUUAUGGCAGACCGCAAAAUGGGCUGCCUUCCAGUGGCACUGUCCCUACUGGCCACCUUCCAGUCAGCCGUGGCCAUCCUGGGGGCACCAGCUGAGAUCUACCGAUUUGGAACCCAGUAUUGGUUCCUGGGGUGCUCCUACUUCCUGGGACUACUGAUCCCUGCACACAUCUUCAUCCCUGUCUUCUACCGCCUGCAUCUGACCAGCGCCUAUGAGUACCUGGAGCUCCGCUUUAAUAAAGCAGUGCGGAUCUGUGGGACUGUGACCUUCAUCUUUCAGAUGGUGAUCUACAUGGGAGUUGCUCUCUAUGCACCGUCUUUGGCCCUCAAUGCAGUGACUGGAUUUGAUCUAUGGCUGUCUGUGCUGGCCCUAGGAAUCGUCUGCAACAUCUACACUGCACUGGGUGGGCUGAAGGCUGUCAUCUGGACAGAUGUAUUUCAAACCCUGGUCAUGUUCCUAGGGCAGCUGGUGGUCAUCAUUGUAGGAUCGGUCAGAGUGGGUGGCUUAGGGCAUGUCUGGGAUGUGGCUUCCAAGCAUGGUCACAUCGCUAAACUUGAGCUGGAUCCCGACCCCUUUGUGCGUCAUACUUUCUGGACUCUGGCCUUUGGGGGUGUCUUUAUGAUGCUUUCCUUGUAUGGAGUGAAUCAGGCUCAAGUGCAGCGCUACCUCAGUUCCCACUCAGAGAAGGCUGCUGUGCUCUCCUGCUAUGCAGUGUUCCCCUGCCAGCAAGUGACCCUCUGUCUGAGUUGCCUCAUUGGCCUGGUCAUGUUUGCCUAUUAUAAGGAAUAUAAUAUGAGCCCCCAGCAAGAGCAAGCAGCCCCUGACCAGUUAGUCCUCUACUUUGUGAUGGACCUCCUGAAGGACAUGCCAGGGCUGCCUGGGCUCUUCGUUGCCUGCCUCUUCAGUGGAUCCCUCAGCACCAUAUCCUCAGCAUUCAAUUCACUGGCAACUGUCACGAUGGAAGACCUGGUCCAGCCUUGGUUCCCUGAGUUGACCGAAACCCGCGCCAUCAUGCUUUCUCGAAUCCUUGCCUUUGCCUAUGGACUACUAUGCCUGGGAAUGGCCUAUAUUUCUUCUUAUCUGGGAUCAGUGCUCCAGGCGGCACUCAGCAUCUUUGGCAUGGUUGGAGGGCCACUGCUGGGCCUCUUCUGCCUUGGGAUGUUCUUUCCAUGUGCCAACCCUCCUGGUGCCAUCAUCGGCCUGUUGGCUGGACUCACCAUGGCCUUCUGGAUCGGCAUCGGGAGCAUAGUGAGCAGGAUGAGUUCUGCUGUGGCGUCCCCUCCCCUUAAUGGGUCCAGCUCCUUCCUGCCCAGCAAUCUGACCAUCGCCACUGUGACCACUCUGAUGCCUUCCACCACACUAUCCAAGCCCACAGGACUGCAGCGGCUCUACUCCCUGUCCUAUUUAUGGUACAGUGCGCACAACUCUACCACAGUCGUCGUAGUGGGCCUGAUUGUCAGUCUGCUCACCGGGGGAAUGCGGGGCCGGUCCCUGAACCCCGGCACCAUUUACCCUGUGUUGCCAAAGCUCCUCGCACUCCUACCCUUAUCCUGCCAGAAGCGGCUUCGCUGGAGAAGCCACAGCCAGGAUGUUCCCGUGGUCCCCAACCUGUUUGCAGAGAAGAUGAGGAAUGGAGCGCUGCAUGACAGCAAAGAGAGGAUGGCUGAAGACAGCCUUGUCCACCAGCCGCGCAGCCCUGCCUACGUUGUCCAGGAGACCUCCCUGUGACCAGUGAUGGGAACGCAAGCCUCCAGUCCGUCCUCAGAGCAGAAGAGCAGCCAGAGGGCAUUUUAUAAUGCAGAGAUGAGUCACUGGGGUGCUCUGCAGUGUUCUGCGCCGAGGACAACCUAGCACAUAGCAGAGGACCUUGAUCUUUAAUGUUUUCACUUCCAUGGAAGCUGUUGCAUGCAAGGGUGAGACAGUUUUUUCCUUAUCCCUUGCCAGUCUUCUCUUAGGAUCAGGUUUGUAAGGUACAGAAUUAUGUUACAAUUGGGGGAAUAAAUGAAUAUUCCGAGAAAAGGGUGGCUUUUGACUAAGUAUGACCAGGGACCUUUGGAGUGAAUAGAAACAGCAUUUCUUACAACUGCCCUGGGGCCUGGCUUAGCAAGGUUGACCAGCUCCACCAGUUAGCAUGGGGCUGAUUCCCUCACUCCC